UUCUUGAUUAAGCUCAAAGCUUAGCGGGUUUCAAAAGUUAUCUGGUAAUUCAAAUUGUACAAACCAUUUCUUUGUUACUUCAACAUUACCGAAAAUGGACUCAAAACAUGAAAAUCCGCCUCCAUAUUCGGAAUCACAAGGCCCGCCUCCGCCGCCUGGCUUUACACAGCCCCAACAAGGUUAUCCUUACCCAACGCAACAACCAUACCCUUAUACCACUCAACAAACCUACCCAAAUACAAAUCAAUAUCCUUCAAGCUACAACAAUCCAACUGUUAUCAACGUUGUUCCGCCUCCGCAAAAUCAUAGCCAUCAAGUACUCAUUGUCGGCGGUUGCCCGACAUGUAGGGUUGGCGUACUUGACGAGAGGCCUACCUGUUGCGGAAUUUGCUGUUGCAUUAUGUUCUUCCCUAUUGGUCUAAUUUGCUUAUUUACGAUGAGACAGAAGGUCUGCGUUAACUGUGGCGCACAAUUUCAUUAGAAGGAGACUGUUCAUCAGCGUUGAUUCCUUUUUGGCCGAAAAAAUUUGGGAGAGGGUGAUAUAUUGUCCACAACUGUUUAGGUUUCUUUAUAACGUUUCGGCAAGCCAAUCUAUUUUCAACAAUCACGUGUGAUUGCAUUAUUUUUUCAUUUGAUGUGACGUAAACGCUUGAUUAAACAAACCGAUACUAUCAGCAAAAUGUUAGAGUCACGGACGAUGCGUCAUAGGAUACCAACGCAAGUAUACGACUUUACAAAACUUAUAAAUUUUUGUUGUUGUAUAAAAAAAAAAAAAAAAAAAAAAAACGAUAACGAAAAAUCCCAUUACACCUCCUAACGAAAAAACCCAUUACACCUCCUAACGAAAAACGAUUCCUUGGCGAUACUAUGGCUUAUUUAGUUUAGACUUACUUAUAAAUUUGUCCCCACUGCAACAUCGACGUCGCUCCCUGUGAGGCUUUUGUUAGUUUCGGAGCUGCAAUUGGUGACUCCAUCCUCGGAGUCCAAGGUAUCCAGUAAUGCGUAAAGGUAGCCGUAGAGGUCUAGUGAAGGGGACCGUGAUCCUCCGAUUUGCUGGCCGUACUGGCAGAGCAUAGUGUACAAUGUACCAACAGUGACGUCUUUUUCUUUCAGUAGGAAAUACAUGUUGUAAAGGUCAUCGCGUAAUUGUUUGUCACCAAAGGUGAAAUAAACUACGUCGCGGUGAGUUACAGCAGCUGCCAUAAGUUGAAUUAAGCACUUUAGACGUGGAUCGCCCCGAAAAGCACCACAGCCCCAGUUUCCAGUUGCCACCGCCGUCAAAGCCACUCCAUAUCGACAGUGGAAUCCAGCAAAAGCCUACUUUUAAAAAGAUUACUUAAAUUAAUGGUUGUUCUACAAACAAAACAAAGCUAUUUUUCGAUAUUGGGUUGAUUGGGAAAAAACGACCUUUCGAAGUUCCCUGUCGAUAGAUUCCUGUUUGUACUGAGAUUCUUUGCUGCGGAAAGGAGUGGCAUCUAUGGCGACCACCUGGCAUAAUCUUCGGCCGUAUACAUCUCGAGGCGUGUUAUCAACGAAAUCUCCCUCAAACCGGAAAGUAUCGCCGUAACCAGAAUGUCGACUAUAUUGCUCGCAACCUAUGAAGAAGACCAACUUUUACAGGACUCUAGAAAAAAUACAAACUUAGUGAAGAUAUUAUGCUUACCUGUAAUGAUGAGGGCCUCAUUAUGUUCCAUCACUUCAGAAAAUAAACAAGCAGCAAUCAAUUCGGGGCAUAUGACAAAGCGGAUUUCUUCUUGAACACAGCCUGAAUUUAGAACUCCCCCUCCUAUAAAUCUUCAAUAAAAUUAUUAUUUUCCCAUUUAAAUCCUCUUGACUGAAACGCCACUUGAAUAAGUUUA